CCGUGCGCCGCGUGCAUUUAUCACGAAACCGUCAACCGGCACGUGGGAAGACGAAGACGUGUGCGUGCGCGAAAAGACCUCGCGUAUAAACCGCGAGACUCCUUGAAAUCAUCGCACGGAUGAUCCGUCUCAUUUCCUGCGACUGCGAGAUAAAUCUCGCAAGAUAAUCGCGUAGAAACGACGAGAGUUUAUCUUGUCGGAGCUUUAUGCUUCGACGUAAACUCGAAGCGAAGAUAAACCGACAUUGCUCCGACAUUCUUGACUUUUUUUUUUUAUCGCGCUCCGGACUUCGAACGGAGAUAAAUCUGAUCGCGUGGGCAGCUGCUCGUCGAAGCUAUAUGAUGCAAUGGCAAAUAAUCUGAAGAUGUCGGGAGUGCGAUUUGCCGUGAAGAAAUGACUAAGAUGAAUCGAAGGUGACAGCCUGGGGCUUGAAUUCAGUUGAGAGGAAAAUCGCAUCGGUGUCACUCGGACCGUGAUAUCGACGACAUCGUAGAGGACAUCACCAACUGCGAUAAACGCGACAAAACGAGGAUCGAGAGAAAGAGAGAGGAGAGAGAGAGAGAGAGAGAAAAGACGACAAAGGAGAGAUCAUCCGUACGAUUACUCGACGCAUCGACAUUAGUGAACUGAAUAGUGAGAGAAAUAAUCGUUGCGUGAUUACUGAAGGCUACGUCGAUACGUUAUCAGUGGACAGUUCGUUCAGAAAGGAAAAUAUCGCUCGAUAAUCGCAUGUCCAAGGAGUCUGGUCGCCAACGUUGUUUAAUCUAAUCGGCUGUCAGGCGGCAGUUAUGCGAGCUAUGCAGCCAUGAAUCAAAUAUCCUUGAACAUGAGACCUGCGCGACGGACGAAGCUGUUUCCCGCACGAACGAUGACGAUCCUCUUGACCUUGCUUCUACUCGCGACGACGUUGUCGAAUGUACAAUCGGAAUCGGCGAUGAAUCCGAUGGGUAGCAUUAUUGGAUCAGGAUCAGCAAUCUCGUCGUCAUCGUCCUCGUCUUCGUCCAGCGGUUCGUCGUCCUCCUCAUCAUCAUCAUCAGUGAUCGGCGUGGUGUCCGAUGGUUCCGGUUCCGGUGGUAGCGGGGUAAGCGGAAGCAGCGGUAACGGCGUAAUUGGUAGCGUCAGUGGGGGCGGUAUAAAUAGCGGCGGCGGCGGGCACUCCAGCAUAGGGGGUGGCGGUAACAACGGGAAUGGUAGAUGCGAGGAGAUCACGAUCCCCAUGUGUCGCGGCAUCGGUUACAAUCACACCGCUAUGCCCAAUGAACUGAAUCACGAUACGCAGGAGGAGGCCGGCUUGGAGGUGCAUCAGUUCUGGCCGCUCGUGGAGAUCAAGUGUUCACCAGAUCUCAAGUUUUUCCUAUGCUCCAUGUAUACACCGAUUUGCCUGCCGGAAUAUACGAAGCCGCUGCCAGCCUGUCGUAGUGUCUGCGAACGAGCUCGCGCGGGUUGCGCGCCUCUUAUGCAGCAAUACGGCUUCUCAUGGCCGGAGCGGAUGGCAUGCGAGCGUCUGCCGAAUCACGGAGAGGAUCCGGAGAAUCUGUGCAUGGAGCAGGACAAUCGCACUAGCAGCAGCACCGGCCCCAGUGGUGGUAACGGGGGUACGGUAAGCGGCGGUGCCCCGGCACCGCCGGGCCCGCCAGCGCGACCUACGCGACCCAGCAAGACCACGCAACCGGCUCGCUGCAAGCCGGGGAAGAAUCAAAAAAACUGCCAACAUCCCCCAGGGGAGAGGACAAGGGAUUGCGCGUGCAGAUGCAGGGCGCCCCUCGUGCCUCUGGGGGCGGGUGGCGUGAUACCGGGACCGAUAAGCGCCGUCAGCGGCACCGUCACGGGGAGCAGCACCGGGGUCAACGCGGGAGUUGGUCUGGCCGGCAUGGCCGUAAGUGGAGUAAUUCCGGCGCCGCCGUCGAUGGGGGGCAUCGGUCGAAGCAUCAUCCAGGAGAUCGCGGGGGUGCCGGAUUGUGCCCUACCGUGCCGCGGCGCGUUCCUCACCAACGAGGAGCGCGAGUUCGCGGCAAUAUGGCUGGCGUUGUGGAGCGGGCUGUGCGCCGCCAGCACUCUCGUGACCGUCACCACGUUUCUGAUCGACACCCAGCGUUUCAAAUAUCCUGAGCGGCCGAUCGUCUUCUUGUCGGCCUGCUACUUCGUCGUGUCCGUCGGUUAUCUGUCGCGCAGCAUUUUCGGUCACGAAGAAAUUGCCUGCGACGGUCCAGCACUCAAGUCGGGUGCCCAGGGUCCGGGCGCGUGCGUCACCGUUUUUCUCAUGAUCUACUUCUUCGGCAUGGCAUCUUCCGUGUGGUGGGUAAUUUUGGCGUUUACAUGGUUCCUCGCCGCCGGCUUGAAAUGGGGCAACGAAGCCAUAGCUUCGUACUCGCAGUACUUUCAUCUAGUGGCAUGGUUGGCGCCGACGAUACAAACAGUCUGGGCAUAUAUAGCGGGUGGUGUCGCCGGUGACCCGGUAGCCGGAGUCUGCACCGUCGCCCCCGAGGGAGUGCGCAAUUUUAUCCUAGCGCCUCUGUUUGUCUACCUUCUGCUGGGCACGAGCUUCCUACUGGCUGGUUUUGUGAGUCUCUUUCGAAUUCGGUCGGUGAUAAAGCGCCAACCUGGCGCCAAGGCGGACAAACUUGAAAAACUGAUGAUACGAAUCGGAGUAUUCAGCGUUCUUUACACGCUGCCAGCCGGCGCGGUAUUAGCUUGUCACAUCUACGAAUCAUCUCUGCGGGACGAUUGGCUGAGUUCGUUGGCAUGUCCCUGCCGACCGCGAGCGAGACCGCUCUAUUCCAUCCUCAUGCUGAAAUAUUUUAUGGCUCUCGCGGUUGGUAGCACCUCGGGCGUCUGGAUCUGGAGUGGCAAAACGGUCGAUUCUUGGAAGCGGCUAUGGAGGCGUUUGUUUGGCGGUAAUCGCGGACCGGGCGGUCACAUGGGCGCAGGUGGCGGCAUGGUGGCUGGCGUGACCGGUAUGAGCAGCGGCAUCGGCAGUGUCGGCAUCAAGGGUGUGAUGGGUCGCAGCAUCGCGGUGCCGUAUCAAACGGCACCUGGUCCGGGUAGCGCUCUGUUACCACCGGGGAGCGUCGCUAGUGCGUCUCAGCAUCAUCUGCACCAUCAUGUACUCAAGCAACCGCCGCUCUCACACGUAUGACGUCACCAGUCGGCGGGGGGCGACAUGAACACCGCUGGAUGCGAGCAGCAGUCGCAGCAACAGGAGAGGCCUUCCGCCCUCAGCAACUACGGGCCCAUCUAGCCCUUCGCCUCGGCCUCGCGAAGACAUAACGCGACGCCGCACACAGCGCCGCAUACGGCGCCGCAUACGCCCCAUUCGGCGGCGACCAUCUACUCCAGGAGGUCACUCGCGUCCACGACGGGGCCGCUGACGCCGGCGCACGGCAUCGCGCCCUCCUACACGCAGGCCACCGAGGUGUGAAGGAAGGAACACGUGGAGUUUGAACGACGAGCGGCCGCGGUGCUUCUCGAUUACCGAUAUACGUAUUUAGCCUGUACAUGUCUUCUCCCGCGGGAAUCUCGAGGAAUCCUUUCUUCAGUCGGACCAUCGACGAUUUCUUCACUCGAAUAGUGUCUUCAUCUGAUCGAUGAAAAUUAUAUCUUACGAAUAAAUUACGAAAGAAUGAAUUUUUUGGUGAGUGAUUGUAGGAGUACAAUGCGAAAUCUCUUUUUUAUAAUAUCAUUGACAGAAAGGAUCGCUCGAGUGUCGCGGUAUAGUGAGAUUGUGAUUUAGAAGAAAAACUCAGUGGCACGCGAGAACGUACACGCGUGCGCACAAUAGCAAUGAACGUGGUGUCGAUAGAUUGAUCUGUCUUUAUAUCCAUAUCUAUCUAUCUCUCUUUAAUCUUUCUUACAUCUUCUCGUAAAAAGCGGUGCUCGUAAAGCCCGUUAAUGUGUCCGUCUAACGUGUAUCUCGUCUCGUCUAUUUAUCUAAUCUAGCCAUAAAAAGCCAUGUCGGAAAUGUACACACACGGAUGCGACGCGAAAAGCGGCAGCCUGCUUUUUCUUCUCUCGAAAGAGAGGAAAAUGCUAUAUCCUUGAUGUCGCGCGCGCUAAACCCGGGCUUUUUUCAUACCACUCCUUCGUCACUCUUCGCAAUCGAAAGAAAUCGCGAAAUUCUGAAAGUAUCUUUAGCGAAAGAGCAAGCUGUCGCCGUUCGUGGUAAACGCGCGAUGAUGGGCAAAAGCGAGUGUACAGGACAGACGUUAGAGUAAGUGGGAUGGACUAUUGUAAAUAUUGUUCUUAGAUGUUAAUUGAUGCUGUAAAUAAAAUGGUCGCCAUGUUGUAGAGUAUUGACGCGAGGACGAUCGUGCUCGUGGCAAGCGUUACACAUUGUAUCCUUCCACAAGCCUUUAACCAGCCAAAAGUUGUCGCAUUCGAUAUAAAGUCUGCUAAUUGAGACGCUUUAUGCCAGUUGUCAAGCUAAACUGGAAUCCGCCGCUUUUGCCAACUUUUCUCGAGAUAGAUAACAUUCAGUCUUUCUCUCUUCAAUGCUUAAAAGAUCUUAUUUUAAUCAGAAAUAUUUCUUUGUUUUAAUUUAGAGUUCAUUAAUCGUCAAUUUCUUUUAAUUUAAGAUCGAACUAUUAAAAAUUAAUAAAUCAUUAUUAACUUUUGUUGAAGAAGCUUGAGGAAGGUUUAUAAAUUUGGCAUAAAUGUUAUUUUGUUGAGAACUUUUAUUCGAUAAGUAUGUAAUUAUAUUAUCAAAUUAUAUAUAUAAAGUUACAUAUACAUAUUUUUUAGUUUAUGAUAAAAAUAAUUUAAUUUCAGUUUGCAUAACACGAUUCGAAUUAAUCGAUAUUUUUAAGAUCUGCUUCCGCAAUAAUAGACCGGUCAAGCGUCAUUAUGCCACGAGGGGACGAUCGUCAUGAAAAUUAGGUCCACAGUACGCAUUCACAAAAUGUGUAACACAUAUAUAAUAAGUAUACAUAUAUAUAGGUUUGCCUCGCGAAUAUCACAUAAUAUAAUUUAACACAUCGAUGUAUUAGCUCGAACUUUUUUUGUACUGUAAAGUAAGAACGUGUCACAGAUUCUUGUCGCGUACAUAAUUAUGAUCUUCAUAGAAAAUCGAUGAUAACAGAGAGAAAAAGAGAGACGCGAUGUUUUUUUUUUUAUUCUUACUACACCUCGUGAGGUGAUCGGCUCCUUUGCAUACGUGUUGCGAAGGGUGAACGAUAUAUACGAAAUAAAGGGAGUUUGCCUAAUAGCUUGCCUUACGGCGGGCGCGAAGGAGCGCGAAAGGAAAUCUACAUGCACCCCCGAACGUAGUAGGUAGAAGAAAAUUAUGCACGCGCGCGUAUGUCAUUCUCAUGUAAAUCCCGACGAUCUAGAAGUAGCCCCCAAGCGUGAGAUUACAUGCGAUAUGUAACGGAAGUAACAGCUCUUAAAUACAUAUUAUACAUGUGACGGCGUCUUGUCACUAGCAAUAUCGCAAUUACAGAAUUUUUUUCUAGUAUCGGAAAUCGUAGAGAAAAAAUUUAAACCAGGGAACUAUAUGUAUAUAUGGCAUCUCGUAAUAGAACUACAAUCGGAUAUAUUGGAAGUUAAUUAUACGACAAUAUUUGAACGAGAAUUUUAAAUAAUAUAUUUAUCGGUAUACUUCAGGUUUUUCAAAUUCCAUCAAAAUAUUAUAAUCUGUAAUAAUGCAAAGUUUAAUUGUCCGUAACUAAAGGUGAGAACAGAGAUAUGGCAUGACAAUUUUAAAUCACUGCCCACUGUAUUUCUUUACGGGAUAUUGGGAGUGCACAAAAGUGAAAGGACUGAAAAACGAAAACUGCCUCAUCCAACUUAAAUACAUUAACCGUCGUAUCUUUGACGGUAAACCUCUGCCAAAACGGAACAUACACGCGUAAUAGUAAUGUUAUAGAGUAGCGGGAGUAAAGACGUCUUAUAAUUAGUAUUCACAUAUCACGCCAAUACAUAACCGAUAAGGGAGAGGAAAGGGGAAAAUAGUUGACAUUGUUUGACGAAAGUGGGAGAGAAGAAAGAAAGGAAAGUGUCAGAAUGCGAGUCUUGAAUGAAAAAAUACACACUGGAAAAGCGAUUUCUCUCCCGCGAAUAUUUGAGAGAUCCCCGAAUGGAUCUAUUAAGAAGUGAUGUUAGAGAAACCAAUAUGAGAAGGUGUCUUUAUAAGUAUUUGUAAGCUACUUUUUGUCACACUAAUUGUCAAUAAAAAAGAGAAUACUGUGUGUAUCA